AUGCUAAGACCUAUUUGGUCAUAUGAAGUCCAAAUAUGGGGAUGUGCCAAACCUUCACAAUUAAGAACAAUUGAAGCAUUCCAAUCAAUUUCCCUCCGUAUAAUCACGUCUGCUCCUUGGUAUGUCUCAAAUCUCACUCUCCACAAAGACUUGAACAUAGUAUCAGUUGUUGAUUUAGUUAAAACGCACUAUAAAAGGUUUCAGUCCAAAUUAAAUCCACACCCUAAUCCACUAAUUGCCCAUCAACAUACAGUCACAAUCCCAGACAACCCUCUUCGCCUUCUUAAAAGACAUGCAAUCAACCAGUUAAUCAAAUCUAAAAUAUCUUCAGAAGUCAACAAAGCUGGUAUGUAUUCUGUUCAAUUAGAUACUACACAAGACAUUACAACAGUGGAUCAAUGCUCUAUUUUGCGAUACAUGAAAAAUGCAUCAGUACAGGAACGAUUGGUAGGUGUAGUUAAGUGCACUGGUACCAAAGGAAUUGACUUUGUUGAUAUCUUAAUGAAGCUUUUAAAAGAUUUAAAUAUAGAUCCAAAUAAGUGUGUUGGUAAUUCCACCGAUGGUGCUUCUAACAUGCAAGGAAAAUAUAAUGGGUUCAACAAAAAAUUAAGUGAAGCUACUAAAGGACAGGUGCAUAUUUGGUGUUAUGCACAUGUUUUAAAUUUAGUGAUGUGUGAUACAACUAAUAUUUCUACUUCAUCAAUGUCAUUAUUUGAACUUAUCCAUGAAUGUGCAGUGUUUUUCUAA